GCAUCAUUCCCUGUUCGCCGGUUGUCCUUUCGUUCUAGUCCCUCUCUUUUUCGCCCUAUAUACUUUAAUAUCUGAAACCCUUUUGUGAAUCAGAUGCUUUCGAUCUUCAAGGCUGUAAGAGAUAACAAUGUAGACACCGUUCGAGAUCUCGUACAACUGGCAUCCGCCGGUACCACCAGUAUUAUCAGCACGACGACUCCACCUGCCAGCGUUAAUAGUACUACGGCUGCCAAUAUUAACAACUACCACGAUUAUCAGCAUUCACCUCAGCAACAACCACAACAACAACAACACCAUUAUCGCCAACUUUUACAGCGUUAUACCAAAGCAACAGGACAAAGGCAAUUCAACCUAAAUAAACGAUCCAUACGCGGACGAACAGCAUUACACUGUGCAGCAACAUGGAAUCGAACAGAGAUCGCAAAAAUCUUGAUAGCGUGUCCUCUCGUCAAUAUUAAUAUUCAAGAUCGCGAAAAUGGCUGGACAGCACUUCAUAGAUCGCUGUAUCUGGGCAACCUUGAAAUUGCACUCUUCUUACUUCAACGUGGCGAUGCAGAUCUCAAUAUUAAAGAUUGGGAAGGGAUUCGACCGCUCGAGCUUAUGUCGAUCACAUUACACAAUUUCCCUGUACCGAAAAGUAUCGAUUUAGAGAAAGACGAUAAAUUUAACAACGACGACGAUGAAGACACAGCAGGACUCAAAGAUGUGGUUGGAUCCAGCAAAAAAAUGAUAGGGUCGGGUGGUACGGAUUUGUACUCCUGGGGCAGCAACACCAAUUACUUGCUAGGCCACCGGGAUUCCGAAAACAGAACGUAUCCAGAACACGUCCAUUUGGAGCUGGAAUCACAGCGAACUGGCCAAAUUAUGCAACGUACGACAGUAUUGAUGGAAUCGGUGAAAAUGUCAAAGAAUCAUAUGGCCGUGUUGACGAGCGAAAAAAAGCAUAAUCUGCUUUUGUGUGGAUUCGGACGGGGAGGACGGCUGGGUACAGGAAGUGAAGCAGAUGCUCAAUUGGUGCCAAAGCCGGUUCAAUGGCCUGAGCGUAUUAUGGCUGUCGCGCUCGGAAGAGAUCAUACAGUUGCAGUUUCGGUACGCGGAAGUGUCAUUACUUUUGGAAGUAAUGAGUAUGGCCAGUUAGGCUACGAGACCGAGGAUAUGCAGCAGCUCGUACCACGCAAAAUUCAGGCACCGAGUUUGAAAAGACAGGAAAUCGUUGGCGCUGCAGCAUCCACAGUGCAUUCCGUAGUCUUCACGCAAACCGACUUAUUCACAUUUGGUUAUAACAGAGGCCAGCUGGGAUACCAUGCGGCUGGCGACGAUAUUCGUCAAUCCACUCCAAGAAAGAUCGCACUUAACAAUCGAAUCAAGCAAGUGGUUGCAAUGGAAUAUGCCACAGCAGUGCUUUUAGAAUCCAAAGAAGUUUUGUUGCUAUGCAAUCACACUCAACAGAAAGUCAUUUUUCCAACAAACCGAUUUCCGGUUAACAUGCAAGUAUAUACAAGUGCAAGCCAUUACAUGGUCAAGCUGUUGCAAAGUGGUGAUGAGUAUCUGGGAGCGAUAUCGAACUUGGGCGAGAUUUAUCUUUGGACUUGCCGGCCAAGCUCAUCAAAGCAAGCAGACAAAGGAAAAUCGUCGUCAUCGUCGUCGCAAAAGCAAUCAGCCAUCGUCAGCUCUCCAAAGCGUGUUUGGGAUUUGAAAAAGCCGCACUUGGCCGCAGUUGAUGCUAGUCUGGGUCAUCACGGAGAACUCAUCGUCUGUACUGUAUCUGGACAAGUAUUUGUCGGAAGCCCGACGAAAGAUGGCUACAAAUAUCGCAUAAUCCCUAAGCUCCAACGGUGCAUCCAAGUUUGCGCAAGCCCGAGCAACGCGUUUGCUGCUAUUCGCUCAGAAGUAACACCCAAAAAAAUGUUCGGGGAACGAUCGACUUUUGCAGACGAUUUGGCGUCGUCGUUACCGCAUGUCAUGGUAUCUGAUCAACUCGAGCGCGAUGUAAAGCGGCUAGAACGAGAAAAAGGAGCCGAUCUUGAACUGCUGUAUCAUAAAACGCAAGUUAUGGAUAAUGGCCCUGAUGCUGAAGAUGUUGUCGUACAAGAAAAGGCUAUCGUUCGCGAUUACAAGGAGCGGCUUAAAGACACGGUUACUAAGGCCUGGGAUCGAGCGGUUGUAAUUGGGUCUGAAGAUAACACUGCCGAUGUGGUAUUCGUAUCCGAAACACACAGUCCAAUGUUUUGCCAUAGCUCCAUCUUAAUCAGUCGCAGCCCACUCUUCAAGCGAUUGUUCAAGGAUAAAGGAAAGGUGAUUCAGUCGGACCAUAUCAAGAUCAUUUGGACAUCCAGUCAAAAACGCGUCGAAAUCCGCAUCCGACAACCCAUCAGUGCAGCAGCUAUGCUGCUAUUCUGCGACUAUAUAUAUACCGACACAUAUAUACACCCAAUGAAUGCGUAUUAUAAGCAGCCAAAUCUCAGCAUCAACAACAACAACAAAGCUAUUAUUCCAACGGCUACGAUGGUCCAAAAAGACUUGAUUAUGCUAGCGACACUUUUCGAUAUGGAGAUAUUACUUGACUCGGCAUCACUGGCGUAUGGUAAUACGCCACGACCCAGCCUAAAAAUGGAUAUGUUGCGAUUGCUUGACGAGCAGCAUGGGUGUGAUGUUGUGUUGGAUCUCAAAGAUGGGCACAGCGUUCUAUGCCACGAAGUGGUUCUUCGACAACGAUGUCCUUUCUUCGAGGCACUGUUUGAACCACGGUCGGUAUGGAUGGAAGCCAGGCGCGAGCAGAUUUCAUCAGAAGAUCCGUUGGUACAUGUACAAAUGACGCAUAUAUCAAAAGACUUGAUGCGGCCGCUAUUACAAUACUUGUAUGCGGACAUGGACGAAAACGAGCUGUUUGGUGGAUUAUAUAAGGAAACGCCCGAAGAAAUGAUGCACUAUUUAAUAGAUGUAUUACGUAUCGCUGACGAGCUCUUGCUUACACGGUUAAAGCGGUCAUGUGAGCGAGCGCUUGUACGCUUCUUGAAGCUACGCACGGCUAGCCAUUUACUCGAAUCGGCGGAUCUCUACUUGGCCAACUGGCUUAAGGAUGCGUGCCUUGAUUUUAUUGCAGCAAAUCUGGAUAUCUUUUUGACUAGCGGUAUGCUCGAAGGCAUAGAACCACAGGUAAUCCAGGAGCUCGAGCGACAUGUUCGCUACUGCCAAGCAUAUCAGUUACCGUCAGUGCGAAAUGUCAUGUUAUCGUCACCGGCUCCUAUCACCGGUGAAGAAGAUACAGAUGAAGAGUUUGGGUCGUCUCUGUAUACGCUGUCACGCGAAGAGACUCCCAUUGUGAGCAGCUAUUACGAAACACUGGUGACUGUGCUUCCAGAAACACCAGCGUCCCCACUGACUCCCAGGAGUGAAGAGGGUGAAGGUGUAUUUGCCAUGGAUGAAGAUCAGCACAAAGUCGACAAAAAGAAAUCGAGCUCCAAAUAUCUACCGCCUGAGAGCAAGAAUAGUCGUCGCCAGCAACAGGGUACUCACAACAUUACGACAGCGACAACAACGAGCUGGCAAGGAUGGGCACCAACACCAGCCAUGUCCCUUGGAUCUUUAGAAUCCAAGGUAUCUUUACGGGAAGUAUUGGAUCAACAUCCUAAACCGUCCGAGCUGUCGUCGACGCCACCGCCCUCCUUCGGCAAGCCAUCUCCACCGCAUGUUUCAAAAAAGCUCUCUCAGAAAGAAAGAAGGAAGUUACAGCAGCAGGAAUUAGCAGCAGCAGCGGCAGCAGCAACACCAAAGCCAGUAUGGGGCAAGGUGGCAAAUGUUCCCGCUCCUUCGCCGGCAGAGAUGGGGCGACCGGGUCCAGAGUCAUCGUCUUUGGCAAAAGAGAGCGCCAACGCCGGCACCAGUACCAGCGGUACUGGAGCUACUACCACUAUUUCUUCUCCCAGCUCCGGUACUUCAAGUAAUAUCGAUACGAAGAGGACAGCGAAAAACAUACUUGACCAAGGUUCAUCGAGUACUGGAGUGUUAGACGAUGGGUCCAAAGGAAAGAAAAUCUAUAUAUCCAAGGAUGAGCUCGACCUUACUUUGAGCGAUCCCAGACGACGAAGUAGUGAGGACUCGGGGCAAGAAGACGACUUAUUUAAACCUGAACGUAGCUUGGGUGCUGGGUUUUCAUUUACACCUAUCCGACGCAGCAAGUAUGCAUCCAUGACGAGACAGCAUUCGCAAGAAGAGCAGCAAUUCGCACGCUCGUUCCAGUCAAUUCAAAAACAGCAAGAGCAAGAAGAUCUUUGGAUCAAGGGGAAGCAAGCGCGAAAGAAUUUAACACGCAUCCAAGCUGAAGAGCGAGCCGUGGAUGGUUUACAACAAUUUUACAUCCAGACAUUGGAUGCUAAAAGUGGCGAAUGGUUUGAGGUCAAUAGACUAGAGACUAGAUAACAAAAAAGCGAUUUUUGUGUGUAAUCCUCUUCCUCAGUUUUGGUGGAUUGCCUCUAAAGAGAAAACAUCUACCAUCAUUAAUAUUACUGUAUAUAUAAUCAAAUACAUCCUUUCUGUUUGUCCAGUUUUACUUCUUUUUGAAACCACUUCUUUGAAAUAAUGUCAAUAAAGGCUUACCAUCGC